AAGCCACAGUCAUACUCGAGGCGGCGGGUGAUGCAGACUCUCUAGUGCGUUAGUAUGCAGUGAGAAUGCCUUUGACGCAGGCUUAUACUGAAACUGGAUUUCUCUGUUGACUUUUCCAGACCUGUUGUGGACAUUUCUCUGCGUUACUGGAGAUGUACAGCGUUUACUGGUAGGAGAUAAAGUACACAGGUUUUUAGCAGGUGGUGGGAGGCGCACUUCAGCUCUUGAGUGGUCAGUGUUUGGCUUGUUUAGCUCGAGUCAUGUGUACUGACAGCUGUUCCCGGCUAACACGCCGAACAGUGCUCUCAUAGCUAGGAUGUAAAGGCUCCUCACAUAUCAUACAGGCAGUUAUAUUCAAAAACAAACACGUAAUUAAAACACGUAGUUAAAAGUGAGGUAGAAGUUCAGGUUAGAGCCUGUAGCAUAGAACGCUAACCUGUGCGGAUUGCUGAGAUACAAGCUAACUCCGAGUAGUGUGAGUGUGUGUGUGUGUGUGGUGUAGGGAAUAGCAUGUACUAAACGCUGACAUAGCUGAUAAAAUAGCAAAUAAAUCGUAGUUUGAGAAACCAGAACUGAGAAAAUGAGGAUUUUGAGGGCUUUAAUGAGCAGCGCAUCCAUCGGGAAGCUCGUUGAUCACUACUCCAGGUUUUCCCCCUCUCCACUCUCUAUGAAACAGUUCAUAGAUUUUGGUUCGGAAAAUGGGUGUGAGAAGACCUCGUUCAUGUUCCUGAGAGGGGAGCUGCCAGUCAGAUUGGCCAACAUUAUGAAGGAGAUUAACCUGCUGCCUGAUAACUUACUCAGGACGCCUUCAGUGCGCCUGGUGCAGAGCUGGUACAUUCAAAGUCUCCUAGAUAUACUAGAGUUCAAGGAGAAAAAUGCAAACAGUGAAAAAGUCAUUUCUGAUUUCACAGCUGCAGUGAUCAAGAUCCUUAGCAGGCAUAAUGAUGUGGUGCCCACAAUGGCACAGGGAGUGGUGGAGUACAAGGAGGCGUAUGGUACUGACCCUAUAACCAGCCAGAACAUGCAGUACUUCCUGGACCGCUUUUACAUGAGCAGAAUUUCCAUCAGAAUGCUCCUCAACCAGCACACGCUGCUGUUUGGAGGGAAGGUGCAGGUGAAUCCAGCUCAUCCUAAACAAAUAGGCAGUAUUGAUCCUUCCUGUCGUGUCACUGAUGUGAUUAAAGAUGCAUAUGAAAAUGCUCGAGACUUAUGUGACCGAUACUACAUGAACUCGCCAGAAUUAAAGCUAGAAGAAUUCAAUGGUAAAGAACCCAACAAGCCCGUAACUGUGGUUUACGUGCCAUCUCAUUUGUAUCACAUGGUAUUUGAAUUAUUCAAGAAUGCCAUGCGGGCCACCAUGGAGCUGUAUGGUGAUGCUAUGGAGUACCCUCCAAUUCAUGUUAAGAUUGUCCUAGGUGAAGAAGAUCUCACUGUGAAGGUCAGUGAUCUUGGUGGAGGGGUACCACUCAGGAAGAUCGACAGGUUGUUCACAUACACAUACUCCACUGCCCCGAGGCCUCAAAUGGACACAUCCCGUGCUGCACCACUGGCUGGUUAUGGCUACGGUCUGCCCAUCUCCAGACUGUAUGCCCGGUACUUCCAGGGGGAACUGCAGCUCUACUCAAUGGAGGGCCAUGGCACAGAUGCUGUUAUAUACAUCAGGGCACUUUCUACAGAGUCCAUUGAAAGACUCCCGGUAUAUAACAAAUCAGCAUGGAAACAUUACAAGACCAUCCAUGAGGCAGAUGACUGGAGUGUGCCGAGCAAAGAACCCAAAGACAUGAGCACCUUCCGCAGCAUGUAGUGGCUCUGCACGAAAGGCAGAGCACAUAAUGCACGAAAGGCAGAGCACAUAAUGCACAAAAGGCAGAGCACAUAAUGCACGUUGAGAUUAUAUUACUUGGAAUGUACAAUGAUAAUUUCUAUAAAGUAUGAAUGAAAGUGUUUGAUUUUCACUUGCAUUGAAAUUAUUGUAUUGUAAAUUAUAUUGAGUGGGCUAUUAAGUAUCUAGUCUCAAAGCUCAGUGGGAGAUCCUGUAUUAGUCUAAUUGGUUGUCAGUGUUUGGAUGCCUUUUGAUUAGGCAUUGGGUGUUACAGUGAUUGCCAGUCCAUAUGUUUUGACAUUUUUUUUUUCUUUUCUUUUUUUUUUUAAACAUUUUGCAGCAUUUUUUUUGUAAUUCUUUACAAACAUACUUGUUAAUAAUAAGCUCAUAAGUGUUACAAAAUUAGUGACAUUAACUUACAGACAUGAGUAUUUGUAGCCUUCACUGUCUAUUGCUGACUGGUGUAAUGAUCGAAGUAGCUAAUUACUCUAUGAUGUAUGUAACUUUACUGACUGCUAAAAACAUACUAACACACAAACACGCACACAAAAAAAGUGAAAAUAAAUUUAUUGGUGCAGCUUG